UUUUGACUCUCUGGAACUCGGUCGGUCUUCUCCCGGGCAUGUUUGGUCCCAGACUGUUCUAGCACCAGCUCGACAUAGCUCGGUUAGAGGCGGAGCUUGUUCGAUUAGUGGUAAGCGCAUGGGAAAAAUGCGUGCAGAAGCUUUUUCGUGUUCCAGGGCCUUUUUGUAAUUCAAACAAGUGGGUUUGAUUGGAACAUGGAGUCAAAGUUUGUUCUUUUGGUGGGCCUCUUCGUGUUACUACCUGUCGUUGAUUGCUCUCGUGCCGAUUUGAAGAUGGUGAAUGCAAGUGCACACACUGGUUUGGACCCCGGAAUUGCUCUUCUCUGGAAUGAAACGGAUGCUUCAAACGAGAAUACAGGUAGAUCGAGCUUGGUUUUGAAUUCUACUAAAUUUGGCAAGGUAAAAAAUAGUGGAAACGAAGUGGAUGGAUCAAAGAAGGGUCUUGUUGUUGAGAAGGGGAAGGAUGGGAGGAAUUCAAGCGGGCAAUCAUCGUCGAGCAAAGCUGAUGAUGUGCAAAAGGGCGAGGGCAGGGCGAGUGAGGAAUCAAAAGUGAAGGAGGGCGAUAAUGAAAAAGACAUUGAAUCCAAGGAUGUGGCUAGGAAGGUGGGCAACGAAGGGGGUGUGGUCUCUUCCACGUCAGGGAGGAAUGAGGGUUCUCGGGGUGAAGAAUGUGAUAUAUCGAAUAGGUGCACGGACGAGGAUCACAAGUUGGUUGCAUGUUUGAGAGUUCCAGGGGAUGAAUCUCCAGAUCUGUUACUUUUAAUUCAGAACAAAGGAAAAGGCCCCCUUGUUGCUACUAUCUCUGCUCCUGAUUUUGUCCUGCUAGAGGAAAGAAAAGUUCAAAUUCAAGAGAAAGGACACAAAAAGGUAAAGGUUUCUAUCAUAGAAGGAGGAACUGACAGUUUGAUCAUCUUAACAGCAGGAAGUGGCAAUUGCAGCCUUGAUUUUAGGGAUCUGAUUGCACACAAUUCCCAGGGGUUUGGCAAUACCCCUAAGCUUGCAUUUAUAAGCUUCAUGAAACGAAGCCCUACCGCUGCACUAGUCUUAUUUGCUUCAUUACUGAUACUGGUAUCAGCUUGGACGUGCAUCAGCUUCAAGCGGAGGCAUUUUUCAGGAAAUGGCUCCAAAUAUCAAAAUAUAGAAAUGGAGCUUCCAGUUUCCUUUGUGGAAAAAUCAGAGGCAGACUCUAUCAAAGGUUGGGAUAACAGUUGGGGUGAUGGCUGGAAUGAUGAGGAGGCACCAAGGACACUACCAAUGCCCCAUACUCCAAGCCUCUCAGCCAAAGGCCUGGCUUCACGUCGAUUGAACAAAGAAGGUUGGAGAGAUUAGUUGCAUCAGUGUUGACAUAACACUAGAAUGGGAGAAACGGGGAAGAGUGUGAUAGGUAAAUUUUGUUCCUAUAAUAUGCACUUCCUUCAAGCCUAUUGAUUUUUUCACUUUCCCCGGCGGAAAAAGAACUCUUAAGGAAAGUUCAUAUACUUAAUUUGCUUGUUUAUGGUAUGCUUUAUGGGAUUACACCCAUUAGCCUUCUGGCCAUUUUCCUAUUGAUACUUUACACGUCCAGCUUCUGAUUUGCAUUUUAGUAUGCUCUAUGCCCCAAUUCUAUCUAUAUGAAGCUCGGUAUGACAAUUGUUGUA